AUGAGGGUAGGAGAAUGUCUUCCCAUCCAGAUCAAGCCACAAACGCUGAUGAAGACUAGAGCUGAUCGAUGGGAGCUUAAGGGAAGCCGAACGGAACAAAACUUCGCGUCAUUAACGCAUAGCUGUCGCCGGGUGCGGCCGAUCACUGGCCACGACCCGCGCUUGCCUCAGUUGGACCCGCCCCGUCGCCGUUCACUGCAUUCACUGAUCGUUGUUGCCGUCCCUCAGCGGUGCCCCGUUUAUCCAGCACUCUUGAUCCAUACCCCGACCGGUCGUCCGACCGCUACGCCGCGCUGUACCCCCAUGACCGACCUCAGUUUUGGACCACAGCUGGUCAAUCUAUCGCUCGACCAUGACUCUUACAGAAACGACGUAAUUGACGGCGGCGAGCUUAGCAGGAUCGAGCUGGGCACUCGAAUAUUUAGCUGGAUCACCGUGUCCAUCUUCGGACUGUGCUUCAGCUUCCUACUGCUUAUCCACUGGCGUAGCAACGGCUACCGGACGGUAAGGCAGGUGAUAGAGAUAUGA